CCACCGGUUCCCGGAAGCGUGUCGGGCGGGCGGUUCCACUUCUUAUUCGCCAUUCCAAGCAAAGGAAACAGAGCUGCUGUUGCUACACUCCGAAACGAGAAGGGCGAGACAGAGAAGGCAAAGCACGGGUAAAGAGAACGCGAGGCGGCUUUCGAAGGAUUGUGGGUAGAAGAAAAUGGCAGAACAUGAACCCACCCCUGAACAGCUGGCAGCAAUUGCGGCAGAAAAUGCAGUAGAUGAGUCCUCUGUAAACUAUAAGCCACCUGCACAAAAAUCAUUGAAGGAGAUUCAAGAGCUAGAUAAGGAGGACGAAAGCCUGUGCAAAUAUAAAGAAGCCUUGCUAGGCUCGCACCCUGUUGUAAUAGAUCCCAAUGCUCCAAAUGUACAAGUUACCAAAUUGACACUGGUGUGUGAAGCAGCGCCUGCUCCUCUAGUCCUAGAUCUUACAGGAGAUUUGGAAACUAUGAAGAAGCAAUCCUUUACCUUAAAGGAAGCAGUGGAGUACCGAAUAAAAAUCAGUUUUAAGGUUAAUAAGGAGAUUGUCUCGGGGUUGAAGUACAUUCAGCAAACCUACAGAAAAGGAGUGAAGAUUGACAAGUCAGACUAUAUGGUGGGCAGCUACGGGCCACGUUCAGAGGAGUAUGAAUUUCUGACGCCGCUGGAGGAAGCGCCAAAGGGGAUGCUGGCAAGAGGUACCUACAAUAUUAAAUCGAAAUUCACAGAUGAUGACAAGCAUGAUCACCUCUCCUGGGAGUGGAACCUCAGCAUCAAGAAGGAAUGGAAGGAUUAAACCUGUGGAAAAACGAGAGGUCUGUCUAGUUAAUUGUCAACAAUCCAAUCAGCAGCUAUAGAGUCCACCUCCACCUUCAACACCCCUACAGUACCAAAGUAAAAUAACUUUCUUUUGUAAACUUCCUCAUUUUCAUUGUUCAACACAGGACAAACAAAAUGUACUAAAUAAUAAAAAUACAGUAUUGUAUAAUCUAGUUUUGGCAUCUGUAAAAGUGGGGGGGAGAAUAAUAAUGGCAUGUCAGAUUUUCUGUAAACCAGUCCUUUCUUUCCUGAUUGUUUGAUUUUCUCUGUAUUUUCUUUACAUGUUUUAACUCUUCUUUUUUUUAAUAUAUAUAUAAGUUGUCUUACCAAGAGCUGCCUUCUAAUGUUCAGUAGUCGAUUUCACAUCCAAGGAGCAAAUAUUCAUAGGAAAACUAUGUCGAUGAAAAUAUGGUAUUUUUGUCGGCUCCAUGUAGAAAAGAUGAAGAGUGUCCACCUUUUAAGAGGACAUUUGAAAGGCAAGAGAGCCUCUGUGCAAAUGGAAGGAGUUGGCACCAUAGACCUUAAGCAUGAGAAUCUGUCAGUUUCAUGAGAUUUGUGCAUUUAUUUUAUUUUCUUUUUUUUAGGAGAGCACUAGCCUGUGUUGCCUUAUGUCUGGUGUUUUAAGUUUUAAACAAUUUAUCUUUGAAGCCCCCCGCCCCCCCAUAUGUCUCAUUUGCUCCUUUAUAAUGUUGGCCAAACAAUUGUUUUUCCGUCAAAUAUGCAUACAUUUACAGUGGUGUGCAACUAAAGUAGGUGUUUAGGCAGUUUCAUUCCAGGAAUUCAGUUUAGUCCAUUUUUAGUAGAUGAUCUUGUAACCAUGUUGCCUUAAAAUGUUUGAUUACUCUAACAAAAAAAAAAAGAAUGAAAAUGUGCUUAAAGACAAAAAAAGAACUUGUCUUAAGCAGGACUGUAUGCUGUACAUGCCUCCUUUUCUAACUGUCCAAGCCGUUUUCAAGUUGUUAAGAUGCUUGGUUUCUAACUUAACAGCAGUGACCUCCACCUACUGACAAAUGAACAGUGUUAUGGAAUUGAUCCACUCGUGUAGUUCAUAACAAAAGUAUAAUUUUCAAAACUGUGUGAUCCGUACUUCUGUGUGUCAUUUAAUUAGGGGAAAAAAGAAAAGAGACGGAUGACCUACUCCUGCUUUGUGCCAUCUGAAUGUAUUUAGUUUUAUAUGCAGUUUACCUUUUCUUUGAUAGCUCAAUAUUAAGAUAAGUCGCAUGUUUAAACAACUGUGAAGGCAUCUUACCUGUCCGUUACAAUCAUGCUGCUGACUGAAAAGGAAAGGACAAAUGAUUGAAACACGAGAUGUGGCCUUGUGCGUUCUCAGAAGGACCUCGCACGGUGCAACAUCAUGAAUUUGCGGUUGUAGGCCCUCACUUCACAUUAUUUGUGUAAGUUGUGGUUUUUUUUUUAUUUACUGAGGAGAAUUUUUUUUAAAAGAUAAAAUGUAAAAAAAAAAUAAAUAAAUAAAUUAAAAGUUCUCUUUUGACGAAUGGCAGAGGGGAGGGAGAGUAGUAAAUUGUUGAUUUAGGUGACCCUCGGUCCCGGAGCACACUAUGUAACAUUAGCUGCUUAUUUAAUGGGAAACAAAGCUGUUGUAUGUAUAUGAAUGCUCGUAUUUCCAGUAUAUUAAUACAAAUGCAUUCUAAAAGUUUUUAUUAAGAACAAAUGAUAUUACACUCCCUGUAUGUUGUGUGCGUUUUAACUCAAUGUUAAGCCUAUUAAAUGCUGAAGUGGAAUAUGGCAUUGUUAUGAAUUGGC